UUGCAACCAUUUCUUGGUGUGGUUGCUGAUGGCUUUCGAAUGGAAAGAUUGUGCCGUCUUUGGCGCAGUACCAGAGGAUAAAAUUAGCGAGGAACUGUUUACUAAGACUAGAGUAUUUGAUCGAAUUAGCUAUCUGUACAAUAAUUCUAUCAUGAGCGAUAUUAAGUUAACCUGUGGUGAUAGCGGGCCUGGUGAAGUGUUCUUUGCUCAUAAAUACAUACUUGCUGCAUCCAGCCCGGUAUUUUAUUUUUAUGAUUUUAACAUUUCAAGUAUCCAUCUGUCUGACGUAAGUCAUGUUACCCUCGCCGGCUUUUUAUCAUUUCUCUACAGAGAUGAAUGUCCAACGGAUGUGGAGGAAGCUUUUAAGGUGCUGCGACUGGCAAUGGAAUAUCAAAUCUCUUCAUUUACUGAUGCUUGCAAGGAUUAUUUACAACCAAAAGUCACACCAGAGAGAGCGUUUAAGUGGCUUGAAACACUCAUAGAAUCGAAAGCGGAAGCGUUGGCAGACGUUUGCUGGACACACAUAGACAGCCAUCCUAGUGAAUUUUUCUCUUUGGAACAUUUUCUUAAGAUCAAAAAGACCACCUUGGAUGCAUUACUAGGUUGGUAUUAGUCGUCUGAAAUGAAUCCAUAAGCUCUGGAAAAUUUAGAUUUUGGUCGCUUCAGUGCUUUUAGGUACAAAUCCAUACUCCGUGCUGGGAUCACUCUGAAUAAUUAUGCGCUACCUUGCUCGCAAUAUUUAAUAUUAGAUUUGCCGCAACAAAAAUUUAAAACCAAAUAUCUCAGCCAUCUAUAAAUGUAAUACAUACUUAUAUAGCCAUUGCCAUUGGUUGACGACCAAGUGCUAAAGGAACACACCAAUUGUUGUUUGAAUAUAUUUUAGAUGGCUGCACCCAUAUUUUUUGUAAUUUUGUAAUGGUAUGUAUCCUUUUCUAACUUUAACUUCCUAAGUAAAAAAGAAAACUUGUAUUCCAUUAUUAGAUCGUGAAACACUUUGCUGUGACGAGAUGACUAUAUUCAAAGCUGUGAUGAAAUGGCUUGAUUAUCAGUGUGGGUUAAACGAUGUAAGACCGACCAUUGAGAACAAGAGAAAAAUCCUCGGUGAUUUAAUUUAUAAAAUACGAUUUGUAGUAAUGGAACAGGGUGAAUUUAUUAAAAACGUCGGCGCAGAACUUCUCACCGAUGUUGAAGUUAUUGCCAUUGUUAAAUUUAUGAAUGGACUGGAGGUUCCAGACUUGAAGUGGAAUACAACAAUGUUAAAACGUCAAGUGUCAUGCGGUUACAGACUGCUGAAUGCUCGUCUAUGGUUUGGUAUAGCAACUAUCUUGGGGUCUAUAAUAGGAGGUGUAGCUUGCCUUAAUAACCGUUAAUUUUAGUAUUUGGUGAAACCAUGAUUUAACAUAAAAGUUAUUCCGAAAAUGAGUGCAGAAUACAAUUUAACGAAGCUGUAUAUAUUUCGAAUAUAUACGUGAUUCAUCUUCAACAAUAAACUACAAUAAAUUACUACAAUGCAGGUGGAGUCAAGAAAGAACAAGCACUUUCCAAGCUUCUUAUUCCAACCGCCGUAUAAUCAAGCUCUGGAACAAUUUCAUACCAACAGCUACAUCGAAACAUUUUCCCGGUUAUUUAUAGUGCAUUCAAACAGAACUUUUGACUUGUCUAUGUCUUGCACAUGCAUGGAGUCUAUAGUGUAAGACUGCUGGGCCAUAGGUCAAAGAGUAAACUUUGAUGUAGAACGUCAGUCAAAUAGAGGCGAUUGAUGAUGAUUUACGAUAAGUUGUUGUCCGGAUCUACUAGUUAAUCCGUGAUAUCAGUUAUCCUUGACCUUGUAUUCAUCAUUCACUUCUGUUUGCUCGUUCUUCUCUAUGUUAUAACUAUAGUAUUCAUGCUUUAUACAGUGUUCUAUUCUAUAAUUGUUAAGGGAGGUGCCUUGCAUGGGACUGAUUUAUCGUCUCGUCUUCAUAGUUGUUUUAGCAUACUAGUGUUUUAGAUUUUACUAUAUAUAUAUAUAUACUAUUAAUAUAAUAAUUUUAGUACAAUUGGCGUAAAAAUCCUAAUUCUAUUAUAUGCCCUACCAUAAUUUUAUAUACUACUCCCAUAAUUCUAAAGGAA